UCGGACGAUGACGACGCCGACGAUGACGAGCCCUGCAACGUCGGCGAAGCGAGGAAAGGCAAGAAGGCCGCCCCCGCUGCCCCCAGGAAGGCGACCACGCAGAGAAAAGCCGGCGUGGGAAAGGAACCGUCCAAGUCGUCGUCGUCGUCGUCCUCUGCAGCCAUGGUCACACCCCAGAAGAGGAAGGGCACCGGACACAGGGGAGGGGGGACGCCCGGAAUAGCCUUGGACGUGUCUCCGGGGGUGAUCAGCGUUCCCAGCAGCGGGGGCGGCAGUUACGACGACGACGAGGAUGAAGAGAUCGACCAUGAUGGCGACGACAGCAGCGACGCUUUCGAGGACGACUUGUUCACGUCCAAGAGGCGCAAGGGCGGAGUAGGCGGCGGGAAAGGAAAGGGACACAAGAAGAAGAGGGAAACACUCAAGAGGAUGAGCGAUGAGCACAGAGCGCGGUUCAAGGACGCGCUCAUCAAGUGGCGGGACGAAAGGGCCGAGCAGUUCAGCCUGCGGUACUUCUACAUCUUUCCGGAGACCGAGCUCCUGGAGGUAAUUCACAAGGUCCCCAUCACAUCAGAGGAGCUGUGCGACAUCGGAAGCUGGCGAGGCAACCAGAAGCUGGCCACCCACGGCGAGUCUCUCCUCUCCCUCAUCAAGGGAUACAUCGACGAUAACAAUAUCACGCUGCAGGGGCAGUUUCCUUGGGGAGACCAGGAGAUCAAGCCUCCGGAGUUCACACAGGGAGGGGGCAUGUCAGGCAUCUCCGAUAGGGACGACGGAGACAACGACGACGGGCUUCCGUGCUCGUUCGGUGCCGGAACGGACGACGACGACGACGACGACGACGAUGAUGAUUACGACGACGCUGGCUACGGAACGACGACGUCGUCCAAGUUCUUUCCCCAACCGCAUAGCGGCGACAACAUCGGCGAUGACGGCGAUGAGAUCAUGGAACUCCAGUUGUGAUGGAACGCGGGGGUCCCGGUUCGAAUGACACGCGUGGACGGGUGUAUGGGGUGGAAGUGGUAGAAAGACGCAAUUCGAGAUGGUAUCUUGCAGCUGCAGUUUUGAAUUAUCCCCAACGCUUGAACGGGACAAGAGUGGCACGGGCAUUUAUGGGAUGGAAGCGGUGCAAAAUAGACAGGAUUCGGGAUGGAAUCUUGGAGCUGCAGUUUGAACAAUCCCAACGCUUGAACGGGACUGAGUUGGGACAGGUGUACGGGAUGUAAAGUAGACAGGAUUUAUCUGGGAUGGCACCUGCGGUUGCAGUUUCGAAGAAUCCGUCAGCGCUUGAACCAAAUGUAGAGGACGACGUUGGAUGAUGGUCUACGGUACGGUACACCACCAUGUCCUACGGUACACCACCAUGAGAUGGAACGAGAUCACCUGCCCUCUUGUGAUGCAUUUCGUCGCAUACGGCUGUCUGCGUCAAUUCAUCGCCAUGAA